AUGGACUUAAUUCUUCGUAAUAUUCAAAAUGAAUUUAAUCAGUUGUCAGAAAAUGUCUUAGAAGACACAGAAUGGCUACUAUUAGAAGGUGACGAUUCUGAAUCAGAACCUGAAGAUUUAAUUGAAUCAUUAGAACCACUAUUAUCAUCAUAG